AUGCAACCCGGAGAGCAUCUGCAAGCUCACGUCUACAUGCGAGAUCAUUACUGGGAGAUUGCACAACGCUCACAAACCAAAUAUGACUGGAUCGUUACGUUCGCAACCAUGCUGAAGGUCAUAGAGAUGUAUCUGCUCUACCACUUCGGCUCUCGACGCGUCUUCCUGGUCACUGGAGCCAUCUGGGCGUACACCUUCUUCUCGGCGAUCGCGUUGCAGUUGUUCCACGUCGGAAGAGCUACAACACCCGGCGAGCAGUCAAGACAUUUUGAUGUCGUCUCUGGGUCGCUGCCUACACCACAAGUCAUCGGAGGAGAGCGUAGGAUUCUCCUCGGGGCACCUGUCAACCUUCGCAGAGGUCGCGCGUGGCAAAUGUUCUGGAUUCUAGGUGCCGUCGUUUGCGUCACUUCUCUCCUUGCCACAUACGCCGUUCUUUCCAAUGAGCCGGCCAUCUGUUUCCGGAUCUGGCUUGGUUUCCAGGUCAUUUGGCUUGCGCUUCGAUCGAUCUUCUUCCACUUCGCUCAGCAGGUAGAUGACAUGAAACAUAUCAUUACGCCUACUAUCACAGAUGAGAACCGGCCACCGGAGUUGAGUUUGCGGCUUCUUGGACUGGCGGUUGGUGUGUCGAGGCAUCAGACUCUGAACCACCCCCGCGGCGUGCUUAGCUAUGCGAACGACGCACAAGAUCCUGUGACCAUCAGGAUGCUCUUGCGCAACGCCAAUUUUGACUACACUGACUACCUCGAGCUUCCAACGCGCACAGAUCCAGGGUCUGAGCUGAACGUCACUGUGGUUGCCGUCAUUGGCGACACGUUACUCUCAAGUGUCGCAUGGCUCAUGGGCUCGCCUCUAUCCGGAAUGGAUCUUUACGAUUCGUGUAUUCUGGCUGUCCGUGUCUCUGGCGCGAUACAACUGAUACCGUCGUGUCGCGUGCUCUCCGGUCGCAUCGCCGACGAACAAGUCCCGGACCCCGAGACGACGUUGCCUUCCAACUUCCGACCCAAAGGCGCAGCGAACGAGGGUUACAACAUUAGCUGGCGGUACUGGAUGCCAUGCGGCGGGAAGAUGUGGCUGUGGUACAGCACACCGUGGGCGACUACCACAAAGGUCGACUUGGGUAUCACGGGUACGAAGAAGAUGACAGUCACAACAGGAGAUGACAUCACCAAAGAGCUCUUGUCCGGGACGUUGCAGAUCAGUAUGAGCGACGUACAAGCCGUUGAAGAUGCUAUCGCGCAGUCUGCGAGGGCAGCUACAAUCCUUCGAAAUAUGCUGAGAGAAGAUUUCACAACGUUGGCGAAGAGCGUAAAGUCGUAG